UUCUCAUUUCAGAAUCAAUAAGGAGACACUGUUGUCUACUUCACUGAGCUGUGUCUCAAUGAAGAGUGACCGAUCUAUGAUUCAACCAAUAACCUUUUCAAACAGAGAGCGGUCUUUUGUUACAGGUGUUUUGCAGAGCUCAGAGACUCUCAGUGGUCAGUCUGAUCUGGACUCCAUAUUUACGACGCUGGAGGACAAAAUGUUCAGUUUUUUAAAGAAUGAGCUGAAGAAGAUGAGGAAGGUCGUGCUUUCAGACUAUCCAGAAUGGUUAGAGUGUCAGAGGGAGGAUGAGGAGGUGCUGGAGGCUGAGGAUGAAGAACAGAGGAGGAGCAGUAGAGAGUCAUUUUUGAAGAUCACGCUGCAAUUCCUUAGGAAAAUGAAGCAGGAGAAGCUGGCUGAGUGUCUGCAGAGCAGAACUCGUGCUGCAAAGUGCCAAAAAAACCUGAAGUCUAAUCUGAAAAAGAAGUUCAAGUGUGUGUUUGAGGGGAUUGCUAAAGCAGGAAGCUCAACCCUUCUGAAUCAGAUCUACACAGAGCUGUACAUCACAGAGGGAGGGACUGCAGGAGUCAAUGAUGAACAUGAGAUCAGACAGAUUGAAACCGUAUCCAGGAAAUUGAACAGACCAGAAACUGCAAUCAGACAAGAAGAUAUAUUUAAAGCCUCACCUGGAAGAGAUGAACCAAUCAGAACAGUGCUGACAAAGGGAGUGGCUGGCAUUGGGAAAACAGUCUUAACACAGAAGUUCACUCUGGACUGGGCUGAAGACAAAGCCAACCAGGACAUCCAGUUCAUGUUUCCAUUCACUUUCAGAGAGCUGAAUGUGCUGAAAGAGGAAAAGUUCAGCUUGGUGGGACUUGUUCAUCACUUCUUUACUGAAACCAAAGAAGCAGGAAUCUGCAGCUUUGAAGACUUCCAGGUUGUGUUCAUCUUUGAUGGUCUGGAUGAGUGUCGACUUCCUCUGGACUUCCACAAAACUGAGACCCUGACUAAUGUUACAGAGUCCACCUCAGUGGAUGUGCUGCUGAUAAACCUCAUCAGGGGAAAACUUGUUCCUUCUGCUCGCCUCUGGAUAACCACAAGACCUGCAGCAGCCAAUCAGCUCCCUCCUUCAUGUGUUGGCAUGGUGACAGAGGUCAGAGGAUUCAGUGACCCGCAGAAGGAGGAGUACUUCAGAAAGAGAUUCAAAGAAAAGGAGCAGGCCAACAGGAUUAUCUCCCACAUCAAGAAAUCACGAAGCCUCCACAUCAUGUGCCACAUCCCGGUCUUUUGCUGGAUCACUGCUACAGUUCUGGAAGAUGUGCUGAAAACUAGAGAGGGGGGACAGCUGCCCAAGACUCUCACUGAGAUGUACAUCCACUUCCUGGUGGUUCAGGCCAAAAUGAAGAAGGUCAAGUAUGAUGGGGGAACUGAGAUAGAUCAGCACUGGAGUCCAGAGAGCAGGAAGAUGAUUGAGUGUCUGGGAAAACUGGCUUUUGAUCAGCUGCAGAAAGGAAACCUGAUCUUCUAUGAAUCAGACCUGACAGAUUUUGAAGUAAUUAUCAAGGAUGCCUCAGUGUACUCAGGAGUGUUCACACAGAUCUUUAAAGAGGAGAGAGGACUGUACCAGAACAAGGUUUUCUGCUUCAUCCAUCUGAGUAUUCAGGAGUUUCUGGCUGCUCUUCAUGUCCAUCUGACCUUCAGCAACUCUGAAGUCAACCUGCUGGAGAAACGGCAAAAAAAAGAUCAGCAUUCUUUAAAACAUCUCCACCAGAGUGCCGUGGACAAGGCCUUAGAGAGUUCAAAUGGUCAUCUGGACUUGUUCCUCCGCUUCCUCCUUGGGCUUUCACUGCAGUCUAAUCAGACUCUCCUAAAAGGUCUACUGACACAGACAGGAAGUAGUUCAAAUACUGAUGUGGAAACAGUCCAGUACAUCAAGAAGAAGAUCAGUGAUAAUGAGUCUGCAGAGAAAAGCAUCAAUCUGUUUCACUGUCUGAAUGAACUGAAUGAUCGUUCUCUAGUGGAGGAGAUCCAACAGUCUCUGACUUCGGGAAGUCUCUCUACAAAUAAACUGUCUCCUGCUCAGUGGUCAGCUCUGGUCUUCAUCUUAUUGUCAUCAAAGGAAGAUCUUGAUUCAUUUGAACUGAAGAAAUACUCUGCUACUGAGGAUGCUCUUCUGAGGCUUCUGCCAGUGGUCAAAGCCUCCAAAAAAGCUCUGCUGAGCUGUUGUAACUUGUCGUGGAGAAGCUGCAAAGCUCUUUCAUCAGUUCUCAGCUUCGAGUCUUCUAGUCUGAGAGAGCUGGACCUGAGUAACAAUGACCUGCAAGAUUCUGGUGUGAAGCUGCUGUCUGAUGGACUAAAAAGUGUACACUGUAAACUUGAAACUCUAAGUCUCUCAGGUUGUCUGAUCACAAAAGAUGGAGGUGAAUCUUUGGUCUUGGCUUUGAGGUCUAACCCCUCCCAUCUGAGAAAUCUUGAUUUGAGCUACAAUCAUCCAGGAGACUCUCAUGUGGAGGAGCUUUCUAAGGGAGUGAAGAAUACUCAGUGGAGACUGGACAAUCUAAGAGUGAACCAUUGUGGAGAGCAGUGGCUAAAACCUGCACUACUGAAGUAUUCAUGUGAACUCACAGUGGACACCAACACAGUGAACAGAAACCUCAGACUAUCUGACAACAACAGGAAGGUGACACGUGUGAAACAGGACCAUCCAUAUCCUGAUCAUCCAGACAGAUUUGACUGCUGGCCUCAGCUCCUGUGUAGAAAUGGUCUGACUGGUCGCUGUUACUGGGAGUUGGAGUGGGAAGGAGAAGUUUAUAUAGCAGUGAGUUACAGAAGAAUCCAAAGGAAAAAAAAGAGUGAUGAGUGUUGGUUUGGAGGAAAUGAUCAGUCCUGGAGUCUGAGCUGCUCUGAUGGUGGUUACUCUGUGUGGCACAAUAACAGAGAAACAUUCAUCUCCUCCCACUCCUCCUCGGUCUCUGACAGAGUAGCAGUGUAUGUGGACUGUCCUGCUGGCACUCUGUCCUUCUACAGAGUCUCCUCUGACACUCUGAUCCACCUCCACACCUUCAACAUCACAUUGACUGAAUCUCUGUAUGCUGGGUUUGGAUUUGGGUUCUGGUCAUCUGAAUCUUUACUUUCUCUGUGUUCUUAGUGUACCUUUAAUCUCAUCACUGAGACAGGACACACAAAGGGACAUCUUUUCAUAAAUGUAACCAAGUGGAUUUAGAGCCUAAAGCUGACCAGCGAGUGAAGUAAAAGUGGUGAAAAGUGAAACAUGUUAGAAAGAGAAGAUGGC